AUGACAGGGAAACUAGCGGAGAAGCUCCCUCUUACGAUGAGCAGUUUAAUAAACACGAUCCCUGACAGUCUGUACCCAGAAGAGGACAUCCCGACGUCUAUGAAUAUUUUCACCAGUACGGAAUCUAUUAACCACUAUUCACAAAUGAACACAGAUAAUAUCAUGGAUCUGGGCAUGGGGAGUGAGAAAGCAGCCGCAGAUAUCCAGUACGGAUCCAGCUUCCAGUCCAACCGCAGCGGGCAGACCGUCACGUAUCUGGGGAAGUUUGCCUUCGACACGCCCCCGUCAGGCGGCAUCGGCGGCUCCGGCUGGUGCUCCGACAACAACAUCAUCAGCCUGGUGAGCGCCGGGAUCCUGGGCGUCUCUCCGUCGCCUGGCACCGUGACGACGCAGACAUCCUCCGCGGCCGGCAUGGGCGGACAGACGUCAGACAUGGAGCAGGUUUACGGUCCGCCGCUGCCCGCCUACUCCACCUGCAGCGACCUGUACCAGGACCAGGUCUCCUUCCACCACAGCCCGGCCACCAGCACGGCUCUCUCCUACCCCGGCAACGACUAUCACUCCACAUCCAAGGCCUCCAUGGACGGCAGCCUGUUCUCCAUGAUCCCCGACUACAACCUUUUCCACCAUCAGGGGGAGGUCGGCGUGAUGGAGCACAAGCCCUUCCAGACCAUGGACCCCAUCCGGGUCAACCCUCCGCCCAUCACGCCCCUGGAGACCAUCCGGGCGUUCAAAGACAAGCAGCAGAUUCACCCGGGUUUCAUCGGCGGGCAGCAGCACCCUCCUCAGCACCACCAGGCGCCGCAGACUCUCACCCUCAAGCCCAUCCGGCCGCGGAAGUACCCGAACCGUCCCAGCAAGACCCCCGUCCACGAGCGUCCGCACGCCUGCCCGGCGGAGAACUGCGACCGGCGCUUCUCGCGCUCGGACGAGCUCACGCGUCACCUCCGCAUCCACACGGGCCACAAGCCCUUCCAGUGCCGAAUAUGCAUGCGCUCCUUCAGCCGGAGCGACCACCUGACCACGCACAUCCGCACGCACACGGGGGAGAAACCCUUCUCCUGCGAGUUCUGUGGACGCAAGUUCGCCCGAAGCGACGAGCGAAAGAGACACGCAAAGGUCCACCUGAAACAGAAGGACAAGAAGCCGGCCGACAAGAGCAGCGGGGCGGCCGGGAGCCACAGCUCGCCGCCCAGCUCCUGUGGGGGGCCCACGGUGGGGACGUCAUGACCGUCACUACGUGCACUUGGACUGGAGCCUCUCCAUGGCCCAUAAAGAGACUUAUAGGAAGAAGGAAUCACGUCCACUUUGAGACAAAUAGGUGACUCUUUUCCUCUCUUUUCCAUUCUCCCGGCUCUUUUCAGCUCCUUCUGUUUUGAGAUGGAUGCCUUUAGUUGAAAUAAGAGGAGAAAGGCCGCUACGCCUUUCUUUGUCCAGUAACUCAAAGCCUCGCCUACUCUAACUCAGUGCCGACACACAGAAGGCCAACAUGGCCCAUCCUGUCCACAAGACCACUGUGUAUCUGUAGGUGUUGGUGUGGAUAAAGUUUUUUU